CAGGUCUGGACGUUCCCACCUCCUCUGACACUGCCGAGUCCGAUCGGAGAGGGGUCACCGCCUCCUUCAGCGAGGAGGAGGGGGGCGGAGCCCGGCUCAGAAUCAUGGAUUUUCCUGGUCACUUUGAACAAAUCUUCCAGCAGCUGAACUACCAGAGACUUCAUGGCCAGCUCUGUGAUUGUGUCAUUGUGGUAGGGAAUAGACACUUUAAAGCCCACCGCUCCGUGCUGGCGGCAUGCAGCACGCAUUUCCGAGCCCUGUUCUCAGUGGCAGAAGGAGAUCAGACCAUGAACAUGAUCCAGCUGGAUAGCGAGGUGGUGACAGCAGAGGCCUUUGCUGCACUGAUUGACAUGAUGUAUACCUCCACCCUCAUGCUGGGGGAGAGCAAUGUUAUGGAUGUCUUAUUGGCAGCCUCUCACCUGCAUUUGAACUCUGUUGUUAAGGCAUGUAAACAUUACUUAACGACAAGGACGCUGCCCAUGUCUCCCCCCAGUGAGCGCGUUCAGGAGCAGAGUGCCCGCAUGCAGCGCUCCUUUAUGCUACAGCAGCUGGGACUAAGUAUUGUGAGCUCAGCCCUCAAUUCUAGCCAGAAUGGCGAGGAGCAGCCAGCCCCCAUGAGCUCUUCCAUGCGCAAUAACCUGGAUCAGCGCACGCCCUUCCCCAUGAGACGCCUUCAUAAGCGCAAGCAGUCUGCAGAAGAGCGGGCCAGGCAGCGCCUCCGACCCUCCAUGGAUGAGUCUGCCAUUUCAGAUGUUACACCGGAGAAUGGGCCUUCGGGGGUUCAUUCUCGGGAGGAGUUCUUUUCACCAGAUUCUCUGAAAAUUGUGGAUAAUCCUAAAGCUGAUGGAAUGACUGAUAACCAGGAAGACAGUGCGAUCAUGUUUGAUCAGUCUUUUGGCACUCAAGAAGAUGCCCAGGUGCCCAGCCAGUCUGAUAACAGUGCUGGCAACAUGGCACAGUUGUCCAUGGCCUCUCGGGCAACUCAGGUUGAGACUAGUUUUGAUCAGGAAGCUGCAACUGAGAAAAGUAGUUUUCAGUGUGAAAAUCCUGAGGUUGGCCUUGGUGAGAAGGAGCACAUGAGAGUGGUGGUUAAAUCUGAGCCCCUGAGCUCGCCUGAGCCUCAGGAUGAAGUGAGCGAUGUGACCUCACAAGCAGAAGGCAGCGAGUCUGUAGAAGUGGAAGGAGUUGUGGUCAGUGCCGAGAAGAUAGACCUCAGCCCUGAAAGCAGUGAUCGGAGUUUUUCAGACCCCCAGUCUAGCACAGACAGGGUAGGUGAUAUCCACAUUUUGGAGGUCACAAAUAACCUAGAGCAUAAGUCCACUUUUAGUAUUUCAAAUUUUCUUAACAAGAGCAGAGGAAAUAACUUUACUGCAAAUCAGAACAAUGAUGAUAAUAUCCCAAACACCACUAGUGACUGCAGGCUGGAGAGUGAGGCCCCCUAUUUGUUGAGUCCAGAGGCUGGGCCUGCAGGUGGGCCCUCCUCUGCCCCUGGCUCCCAUGUAGAGAACCCAUUUAGUGAACCUGCAGACUCCCACUUUGUCAGACCUAUGCAGGAGGUGAUGGGCCUGCCGUGUGUGCAGACUUCAGGCUACCAAGGAGGAGAACAGUUUGGGAUGGACUUUUCCAGGUCUGGUUUGGGCCUCCACUCCUCCUUCUCCAGGGUAAUGAUAGGUUCCCCAAGGGGAGGAGCCAGUAACUUUCCAUACUAUCGCCGCAUAGCUCCCAAAAUGCCAGUUGUAACUUCUGUCAGGAGCUCACAGAUCCCAGAAAACUCUACCAGUUCCCAGCUAAUGAUGAAUGGAGCUACAUCCUCAUUUGAAAAUGGCCAUCCUUCCCAGCCUGGCCCUCCACAAUUGACCAGAGCAUCUGCAGAUGUUCUGUCAAAGUGCAAGAAGGCCUUAUCAGAGCACAAUGUUUUGGUUGUAGAGGGAGCUCGCAAGUAUGCCUGCAAAAUCUGCUGCAAAACUUUUCUGACUUUGACAGAUUGCAAGAAACACAUCCGUGUUCAUACAGGUGAAAAGCCCUACGCCUGCCUGAAGUGUGGCAAGAGGUUUAGUCAGUCCAGCCACCUGUAUAAGCACUCAAAGACUACCUGCCUGCGCUGGCAGAGCAGCAAUCUUCCCAGCACUUUGCUCUAGCUGUUUGUCCUUUCAAGACAACGCUGAGGCCAGUUGUCGGACUGAAUUUCUUUUGGUAAGCAGUUAAUGCCUUUGGGUUCGAGGCUUCUAGCUGCCCAGUGGCUCUUAAACAGUUUAGCAACUAAUAACCAGAGAACUAACAUGUAGUAGUUGUGCUGCUGCAUUUCUGAAUCAAGUGCACGUCUUGGGAAAGGGAUGCAAUCCCUGAAACCAGGUUCUUCCUUAGGGUUGGGUAAUGCAGUCAGAAAGUAGUUUGUAAUUGAUGUUGAGAGUGGCACAUUUAAAAAUUUUAAAGUUGAAGUGCAAAAAAAAUUUUCUAGCAAUUUUUGUAAAACUGUGUAGCAUUUAAAUUUCCUAUACCUUCUGAUGGGAAUAUUAUAUCCCUGUACAGUGAUGCAAAAUGCACUUAUGUGUAACCAGUGGUGAUUUGGUGCCUGUCUUAAAGGAAGGCCUUUGAGGACACGCCUGUCUGCCACAAAUGCUUUAAAGUGUAUCCUGAGCUAGUCCUAGGCCUCAGAAAGUACUGUAUUUUUUAUUUUUACCUGAUUUGCAGUCACACACACUGCACUUUGGUGCUGACACUGGGUCCAGAGUGAGCAUUCUCUUGGACUAUUAGGUGUAUAUACUUUUGAAUACAUCACUGUUGGAUAGAUGUUUUAACAGUUUUUUCUGGUUUAAAAACCAAAUUGUAAAUGGAGUAUGUACUUGUAGAGAGUGACAAGGUAUUGUUUCCGUAUGUGCUGUUUGAGCAGUAUUUUAACCAACUUGUAUUACAGAUGUUACAGUUCUAUGUUAGGAAGUCAGAAAAGAGCUUGUGUUUGUCUUUGUUCUGAUGACGUGGAGUCGUUUUGUGGGGUCUUCCAUGGCACCUUUACCCAUUGCUCCAUCCAGAUGCUGAGGGCCAGUCUAAGCUGACACAUCCUACCCCAGGACAAGCCUGUUCUCCAUUUCUUCACUCUUCCCUCCCCAUAUAGCAGCUCUCCCAGGUUUACUGUUUUCGAUGACAAAUUAACCAAAAAUGCCCCCACACGGGUUUUAUUACUGUUACAUACUAUACUUUAACAGUACAGACCCUAAUUUUAUUAUUUGUUGCUUCCCCAAUCUGAUACCAAAUGUUUAAAAUUGUUUGAAAUCCAAACAUGGUAGUGCAUGGGUAAAUAUUUUCUAGCCUGUUUAAGAGUUGACAGCCCAUAGCAUAGAAGUAAUCAAGUAGCAUCUGAGACUGUUGGAGGCACUCGGGUCACUGCCCAGGUCCUCUCUGGGCCCUGCAGCCUCACUUCCCCAGCCUCACCUUGCUGUCCUCUGGCACUGUGCCAUCGGGGCUGUUAGUGGCACCUGUGUGAGGCCAGGUGUGCGUCCAGGGGAACAGCACAGGUUAAUGCAUCUCCCUAGGACUCAUGAAGUCAGUUUAAUUUAUGCACGAACAUGAGUUUAUGUUUUAUAUGCUUUCUUAGAGAUACCAAACCAUCAUGCAUAAUUCAGAUAAAUUAUUCAGUUUUUGUGUUUAGAAAGCUAAGUCUGUGUAGCUGGAAACAAAAAUAAGCGUGUUUUCUCUCCUGUUAGAGUAUGCAGUUACACAUCCGUGGAUAAUUUCAUGUUCCAGCAGGGCUUGGCAUCUCCCAUGGACUGAUUCCCAGGAAGAAAAGCCCAAAGGGAAACCCGCGAUUCCUUUCGAGUAGACGUGGGAAAGAGCCCGUUGGAGGAUAUGGGGUCCUGUGAAAUUCAGUUGUGUGUGUGGCUCCUUGUUAGCAGUCAUGUUGACAUAGUAUUAGGAGGCUCCCCCAUCCACCCUUUACGUGAUGUAGGGACCAGUGUCUUGUGAGAUUAACCUUGGGACACAGUGGGUUAGCCUGGAGAAAACAAGAGGCCCCACCUGGACCCAGGGAGAGGAGCCAGUGACACAGGGAGAGCGGUGCAGCCCUCUUUCCCUUCCCUGUGGAGGAGGUGGUGCCAGGAGCCUGCCCGCUCACCUCUGCUGAAGCAUAAGUGGACUUUGCUUUUGGGGCUUCUCUCUGAUACAUGCUGGAGCCCUGCCUCUCCACUGCUAGAUGGAACCUGGAAUCUCUCAUCUACCUCUUAGUCGGUCAGUUUCUACGUGUGAGAAGCAAGCUUGUGGGCCAGUGUCCUUGUACAUGCUGUAGCACUUAAAAAAUAAUUCCAGGGUUCCCUGGAAAGCCAGUCCCAGGGUUCCUAUGAUCUGUAGUUUCUACCUGGAUUAUAACUGGUAUUGGGUACCUGAAUUUUGAUUGGUUAGCCUUAAUUAUAGUCUGGCGUGAUCAUGUAGAAUCUUUUCUGGUGAUCAGAUCAUAGAGUUCUAUCAAGGCAUCCAUGUCAGUGGUGCUAUGCUGGUUACAACUUGAGAUUUUGAAAUAAAAAAUUUGUCAUAUUCAUGCCUCUA